AUGAUUUUCAUUUCUUUGUAUGCUAAUCAAUUAGAUAAUAAAAGUUUGAGACGACGAUGUGAUUCACUGAAUGGAAUAACUUGUGAAUGUGCUAAUCCAUUAGCAGAUUGGUCUAACGAAUGUUCGUAUCUUUUAUGGGAAUAUAAUAACAGAAAGAUAUGCUAUGUACCAGUUAUUAAAUAUUUCAAACGAACAGUAAGUUAUUCAGCAAAAAAAGAAAUGAAAAAAUAA